AUGGACAUGUUCUUGUCGACGCCCAACGCAACGGCGUCGCAGUCUCAAUGGCCGGAUAGCUCGUUCUCGUUCAUCCCAGCGGAUGUGCCGUUCUACUUCACCCACAAGUCCCGGCUCAUUGACAAAUACUCGGACGAAGCCCUCACGCUUGCUGCACCAGUCCUCUCUUACUGGUUCCUCUCUCUCUUCUUCCACUAUCUGGACACUAGAACUUGGCAAUGGCUAGAGAAAUACCGGAUACAUGAGAGCGCGGAAGUGCAGAAGAAGAACAGGGCGACGCGGCUGGAUGUAGUGAAAGCCGUGUUUUUUCAGCAGGUUAUCCAGACGCUAUUGGGUAUCUUGUGGCUGAGCGAGCCGACGACGUCCGGCACGUGGGAUCAGCAUCUGCAGAAGAUGGGUGAGAUUGCGGCCACGGUUGCGGGCUUUGCGCACCGUGUGCUAGGGGAGAAGGUCGGAGAGGCGGUUCUUAGGGCGAACGGCAGAGAGUUGGUAUAUUUCGUGUACUGGUGGGCAAUCCCGAGUGCUCAGUUCCUUGCCGCGAUCUUCUUCAUUGAUACAUGGCAAUACUUCCUCCAUCGCGGUAUGCACAUGAACACCUUCAUGUACAAGCAAUUCCAUUCGUGGCACCACCGGCUCAACGUCCCCUAUGCCUUCGGCGCCCUCUACAAUCAUCCUGUAGAGGGGUUCCUCCUAGAUACUCUAGGCGCGGCACUAGCAGAGUAUGUCACUGGUAUGACCACACGACAGGCUAUGCUCCUCUUUACCGUGUCGACGUUCAAGACAGUGGACGACCAUUGCGGGUACACUCUCCCCUGGGAUCCAUUGCAAUUCAUUACGAAGAAUAAUGCCAACUAUCACGAUAUUCACCACCAGACUAUCGGAAUCAAGUCCAAUUUUGCGCAGCCUUUCUUUAUCCACUGGGACACGCUCCUCGGUACGCGGAUGACAAGAGAAGAGAUGGAAGAACUCAAACGAAAGCGACACCAAAAGAAGGAGUGA